UUCACGUUAGUGAAAUUGCUGAAGUGGAAUUCUGGAAGCAAGAAGCCGGUUCUGAGAAGUUCGUGAUAAAUGACAUGUGGGGAACGUCGGAAUUCAAAUUAACCGAAGAAGAACUAGAGCAUAUAGCAAAAGUUACAGAAUUGGCUGGGAAAUUAGUUCAACAGGAAGUCAUGAGUGGAAACGUGGACAGCAGUAAGACAGAACAUCCAAAUCUGAAUGGGGAAGAACAGGAAAUCAGUAAGGCAAAAAUUUCACUGAUUACAAAUAAAAUAGUUCAUAGUAAAAUGAAAAGUGAUGAUGAACGAGCGCAGCUGAAGCAAGAGAUGCCUAUGAAUCCACAAUCCGUGUUGACAAAGGAAGAAAUGGAGCACAUUGCACAUGUAACACGUGCAGCUGAAAAAGCAAUGAUGGAAAUAGGUGAUAGCGCAUCAGAAACAGAAUACCAAGUUUCCAGGGACAAAAACAUGCAAGACCUGCAAAAAAAAGAGAAUUUAAUGCGACAUCCGAGGAAAGAGUGGUUGAUCAAAAACUUUGCAGUGGCAGAAACCAAUGAAAUCACGUCACUUUGUGAAUACAUUUUUUUAGAUGAGAAAAUGAAACGUGAAGAAACAAGCACUGAAAAGAACGAAAAAAACUUAGAAGUUGAGGAAUUCAGAAGUGUUAGUAGGACUGAACAAGCCGAAGUCGGUACUGGUGAAAGUGAAACAAUGGAGGUUUCGUAUAGUAAAACCGUAGACUCGAAAAGAGUGGAUGGUCCUUCCGAAUUGUUAUUAGGAACUGCAAAUGAUGCUGAGAGCGAUGCGACUAAUGCGAAAAAACAGUUAAAGGUGUUCGAAAAUGUAGCGAGUUUGAAAAAAAAUACAUGGUUUUCAACUUCCACACCUGUCCUGUCGUUUGCCGCCAAGAAUAUGGGAAUGGAAGAGGGACCGUUUAUGGAUUAUGCGAGUCUGACAGUGGAAAAAUCGAAAGCAGCUGAAAUUACCAAGAUUGGCCAUGGUGUGGAGAAGCAAGGAGAAGAAAGAACUUCUAUCCAGGAACAAAAAAUCGAUAUGUGGAAUCAAAAUGAGACUACAACUAUCUUUCCAGAC